AUGGCGAUGAUAAAUCAGCUGGCGUCGCACGUCGGCCCUGCGGAGGAGCGGGAUCCGCUGUAUCACACCGUCGACCUGGACCCGGCGCCGUGUUUCUCCGUCGCGGGGCUGUCGAGCAGUCGGGGGUUCCCAAAGAGCCCUCGGAACCGCUCCCCGAGCACCCGCGGGCGGUCGGCCAAGCUCAAACAGGCCGAGAAAGAACGCCAGGAUGCGAUUUUCCUCGAGCUCGACGCCAAGCUCGAUGUCGUGCCGGAGCGCGGGCAGGUGCGCGCGGAGCACCUCGCCGCCCUCCUGGGGCGGGACGAGCACCUGGGCGCGGCGGAGCAGCUCAAGGUCGCCAAGUACACCAAGCUGGCCGACCACAUGCGCGGCCAGAUGAAGCGCAUCCCGGACGGCAUGAGCCACCCGCGCUUCGUGCCGCCCAACGGCCGCCACGGCCCGUCCGCGACCUCGCCGACGGCCGCCGCCGCGCGCCGGCAGGGCGUGGCCUUCAGCUCGCCCACCGCGGGCGGGGCGCGCCAGCAGCCGGCGCGCCAGCAGCCGGCGCUCGCCGCGCGCUCGCUCUCGCUGGCGCGCAGCGGGACGGGGACCCUGGGGCGCUCGAACACGCUGUCGACGUACGGCGCGCCGCGGGCGAAGGAGGCGUCGGAGUCGGCGCGGCGGCGGGGCGACGGGCGGCAGCGCGCGGGGUCGGCGGCGUUCCGGUCGGCGGGCCGCAAGUACCGGAGCUUCUUUGACGUGCGCGACGGCAACGCGAAGCAGGCUCCGGGGCAGUAUUCGGCGCGCUACGGGCUUGUGCAGCGCAGGGAGAAGGCAGCCACGCUGCACCUGACGCUGCAAACGGGCGGGCACGCGCUUGCGACGACGAUGGGGAAGGCCACGAUGGGGCCGCGCAGCCCGUCGCCGCGGCGGCCGGGCACCGCGGCGUCCGCGUUCCCGGCGAGCGAGCGCGGCACACAGCCCUCCACGCAUGGCAGCUCCAGGGUCGAGGAGCCCGGCGCGGGGCCGGCGUCGCCGUCGUCGCCGCAGCGGCGACCGACGACAGCGCAGAGCAAGCUCGAGCGCACCAAGAGCAAGUCCGGGGCCGUCCCGCGGGGCUCAGCGUCGUUCAAGACGACGGGGCGCGGGGAGCUGUUCCCCACGCGCGCAGCGGGCGCGCACGUGGGCCCGUAUGACGCACCGGUGCCGACCCUGCACCGCACCGACAAGGGGGCCGUGAAGAUGGACCACCAAACCACGCGGGCGUACGCGGAGACGCAGGCGGACCCCGGCGAGCGCUUCAGGACGCCCCGCCCGGGGUCGUAUUUCGACUCGGAGCUGUGGGACUACCGGGGGCGCGACCGGGAGGGCGGACACUCCCCCAGGGCAAUGCACCACCAGAUCCGCGCGCCGCCGACGCAGCCGCAGGAGCCGAGCGCGCCGGAGCGCCCGCGGACGGCUGGAGGGCUGCGGGACUAUAUUCAGACGUACCGGCCGACCACGGUGGGCGGCGCCGGCAUCGCGGCGGGCCGCCCGGUGUCGCGCGGCACCUUGUCAAAGACUGUGCCGUUCCUGUCCAAGACGGCCCCGUUCAUGGGGAGCGGAGGGAUGCGCGACCCGAACGAUGUGGUGUCCAAAGCGCGCGAGUGGGGCGCCGAGCGCCCGUGGACGACGGGCGGCCACGGCGGCGCCUGCGGCCGGUCGGGCUUCACGGGGCCGCGCCGGCAGACGCACCUCGGCGUGCGCGGCGAGACGCGGCUGCUCGGCGUACCGGAGCCAGCCGUACUCGUCGUCGGGCGCGAGCUGGAGACGACGGUGGUGCUGUCCGAGCGCGGCGUCAUUGCGCAGCCGCACGUCACUGGGGAGCUGUCGCACCACCCGUCGCGCAACCCGCUCGACGUGGCUCCGGGACACAUGCACCUCAGGACCGCGGGCGAUGCGCAGCCGUGGUGGGGCAGCGCGGAUCAGCCGGAGACGGUGGUCGGGACGCCGCGGCGGACGCCGCAGGGUGACUACGUCACAGUGUGGCAGGCGGUGGACGAGGACGGGACGGCGUGGCACGACGCGCCCGCGAGCCAGGAGCCGACCUGGAUGGCGGACGGCGCGCAGAUCACGGCGACCGUUCGGAUGGAGGACAGGGAGCGGCCCACGUCGGCGCUGUCAGGAUACAACAUCACCAGUCCCCUACAGAACUCGCGGCCGACCUCGCCGUACGCGAAGCGGCCGCAGUCGUCGCGUCCGCGCGGGACCGCGCGAACACCGGCCAUGCGCAUGCGGGAAAUGUCCGUCCCUGAGGACGGAACAACAGAUUGA